UUUAUUGUGCAAGUAAAAGAGAGAGUGCUGUAAAGGAGAGAAAAAUAUUCUGACAUUUUGUUGGGGCGAAAAGACGUUCGUCGCGAGCAUACGAAACAUUCAAAAAGGGUCAAACAAAUAAGCGAAAAUGCUGCGCUCCAGACUCACACAAGCAGCCUCUGCCGCUCAGCGUGCAUUCUCCACGAGCCCCAAAGUGCUGGCCGUCAAGCAGAUGACGGUACGCGAUGGACUUAACAGCGCCCUAGACGACGAGCUUGCCCGCGACGACCGCGUUUUUCUGCUCGGCGAGGAGGUGGCACAGUAUGAUGGCGCCUACAAGGUAUCUCGUGGUCUUUGGAAGAAGUAUGGAGACAAGCGGAUCAUCGAUACGCCAAUCACAGAAAUGGGCUUCGCCGGUAUUGCAGUCGGCGCUGCCAUGGCUGGGCUACGUCCAAUCUGCGAAUUCAUGACCUUCAAUUUCUCUAUGCAAGCGAUUGAUCAUGUUAUAAACUCAGCAGCCAAGACAUUUUACAUGUCUGCUGGCGCCGUCAACGUCCCCAUCGUGUUCCGUGGCCCUAAUGGUGCCUCCGCCGGUGUUGCAGCGCAGCACUCACAAUGUUUUGCUGCUUGGUACGCUCACUGCCCAGGAUUGAAGGUGGUGUCACCCUACGACACAGAGGAUGCACGCGGUUUGCUCAAGUCUGCCAUACGUGAUCCCGAUCCGGUUGUAGUGCUGGAGAACGAACUGUUGUACGGUACUGCAUUUCCCGUUGACGACAGUGUGGCCGAUGUUGACUUUUUGAUACCCAUUGGCAAGGCAAAGAUCAUGCGUCCGGGCAAAGACAUAACAAUAGUGGCGCAUUCCAAGGCUGUGGAAACGGCGCUACUCUCAGCCGCCGAGCUAGCUAAGAAGGGCAUCGAAGCUGAAAUCAUUAACCUACGUUCCAUUCGCCCCCUGGACAUGGAAACCAUUUUCAAUUCAGUCCGCAAGACACAUCAUUUGAUCACCGUAGAAAACGGCUGGCCUCAGCAUGGCGUUGGUGCUGAGAUCUGUGCUCGCUUUAUGGAGGACCAGGCGUUCUUCGAGCUAGAUGCGCCCGUUUGGCGUUGUUGCGGUGUUGACGUGCCCAUGCCAUAUACGAAGUCCUUGGAGUUAAAUGCACUGCCCCGUGAGCACGAUGUUACAGCAGCUGCUCUAAAGGUUCUCGGCAGCAAGGCGGGCAAGAAAUAAACGAGAACGAACACAUACAAACA